AUGGGUGCCUACUACGCAAGCAGCCUCAAGCGCCAGUUUGCAUAUGCCAACUCACCUGCUAUCCGACGUCUUGACAGCGGCCAGCUGCAAGUGACACGGGCAAGGCUGCAGAGGUCGGACCGGACAAUCAAGACCCGUCGUUCCUACACCAACAAAUCCGGAAAGCUUUGCUAUCAAGGGACGAAGGAGCUGAAAGCCACAGAGAAAUAUCCCGUGCUGUUCGGCCUGGCCAUUGCGAAGAUCUUUGAGGAGCUGAAGGCGGAUCUGUAUGAGUUUGCAAGGCUCGGGGCUGCCUAUGAGUAUAUUAGAGGAGGCAAGAGUCUUCGGAUUCCACAGGCGCUACAGGCUGAACUUGCUAUCCUGGACAAGAAGCCCAUCCGCAUGGCCUCCAUUUCGACUUUGUCUUUGGACUCCCGAGAGGUCGAUGAGCCACCGACACCGGUGCCUCCUCCAGCCAUCCCAGCCGUGGCCCCACCGCCUGAGUCGGGAGGUGUGCCGGCAGAUGAGCCACCGGCCGCUGCAGAUCCGACGGGAUAUCCUGUGGGCCUCAUCAAGAAGAAGAAGGCUAAGCGCCCUCCGACGAGGCGUGCAACUUGUCCGACUUUGGAGAUGCUGAAGAAUGCCGCGAAACAGCGCAUUCGCCGCAUGGUCAGACCGAAGACGAAACGUUCAGACCUAAUGGUGCCGGCCUGGGUGGCUGACCAAUGGCACAAAGGGACUUCUCAGAAGGAGGCCAUGGCCGCCCUCCUUCAGGAAGUGAACUGGGACAAGGAUCAAGGUUGGUACUCGCAGACUGAGCUGAAGACAGAUCUCAAGUGGUCUUCGUCGCAAAGGAUCGCCGCCGCAGUGGCCCAUUGCGAGAAGAACCCGUCCCUCUUGAUAAGGAGGAACGUCUACGACGGCGUCCUGGAGUACUGGGUGACGGUCAGGGAAACGGGCCGGCAUGUCGAGAACCUGAAGGAGGCUGCCAACCCCGUGGAACUGCCCAAGGAUGCUUUCGCUGGCUUCGACAACAUGACCAAGCGGGUUCUCCCGGAGCCGGCAGGACCUGAUGGGAGUGGAGAUGCCAAGCAUGUCAAGGCCUUGGAGGAUGGCAUCACGAAAUUGGAGAAGGAGCAUGACAAGCUCAACUUGCAUUGGGCACAAGCGGAGAUUAGCCAAGGCAAAAGAGGCGCCGGCGAAGCGCAGGAGGAGAUCCUGAUGUUUUAUCGGGCCCCGGUCACCUCUGCGAUUCGAGCUGCCCGUGCGGUGCUUGAAGAAGUGCCAGAGGCUGUGGGCUCCAGCAUCAGGAUUAUGGCUGGGUGCAAAGAAAACAACAGCGAGCGUGACGCCCACAGAGUUGCCAGACGGUGCCGGCUGACGCUACCCAUCAGGAUUACUGAAGUCAUGCUUCAUGGAUGGCCAGUUCCCUUGAUUUUGCUCAGUGCAUGGCUCACGUUUUUGCUGGGUCGGAACCUCCUGCAUACACUGUCUGGGCUAACCCACCCCGACCUCACAAGGUGUCACUCGACCUGGAAGUGUUUCUGGUCCCGAUAUCAGAAGAUCCACCCGCACCAUGAUAUAUUCCGCAGAGCAGCUGCAGGAGAGGUUGAUUUGUCAAGGACGGUUGGCCUGAUUUUGCAUGGGGAUGAGGGCCGCACGAAGAAGAAGUCGGCCAUCCUUGUAGUGUCAUGUCACUCGAUACUAGGUUAUGGCAGCAAUGCAGCAGCAGAUGCACACCCCGAGCCAUUCUGCAAACAGUACCUCAACCUGACUCGCCACACCUUAUCUACCCGCUGGAUUCUCGGCUGCCUUCCUAAAACCUACUACGAGUGUGACGACGGUGAUCGGUUCUUCCAGGAUUACCUCGAUGUUUUCGUGCAGGACUUUGGAGUUCUCCAAAUUUACGAGAAAGGCAUCAAAGCAGUGACUGGUGAAGUAUAUCAUUUCGUGAUAUUGAAUGUCAUCGGGGAUUGGCCUUGGUUGACAAAGGCCUUCGGACUACUGCGAAAUUUCCAGAACUGCUCCAAGCAGGAGUCUUCGAAGUCCGCGCCGAAGGGGAUCUGUCAUUGCUGCAAGGCCGAUAUGGAGAAUUAUCCGUUUGAAGAUUUUGUUUCGGCCUCUCCAGCCUGGCGUGAGACCAUCAAUCAAGAAAGAGCGUAUCGGGGCUCUCCGAGUUUGUGGUCGCUGCCAAAGGAUCCUACGGAUGAAACCGCAUUCCUGGGACAAGAUAUCUUCCACGGCUUUCACUUAGGUGCGGCCAAGCAGUUCCUCGCUUCAUGUUUGGUCCUCUUGCAUGAAAUAUUCCCGGGAAGAAGCAUACCAGCACGAUUCGAAGCCAUGUCUUCUGACUUUCUGUCGUGGUGCAAGCGGCACAAGCAAAACCCUCUGAUCAGGAAAAUCUCGCGCGAAACAGUUGGCUGGCCUAGUGCAGCAGACAACCCGACUGCGAGCUGGAGCAAAGGAUCCACGUCGACAUGUGUUUUGCGCUGGUUUCUUAGUGCGUGUGCUCGGCAUGCACAUUUGAUUGACGAGGGAUCAAUUCUUCAAUACGCUUGUCUCGCGGCUCGAGAGAUCAAUUCCUUUCUCAGCAAGAGCUACAAAGAAGCUGUUUGGAUCUGGCAUACCAAGUCUUUGGAGAUUUCCAGGCACGGCUUCAGAUUUCUUCGCUACCUCGGCCAUUCUGCCCGUCUAUCUUACAACAGUGGGAAGCAUAUGGAGGGCUCCCACGGAAACCUCGAGGAGGAACUUCAGAGGCUUCGCUGGCACGAGCUUGCCACCUUUUUCCACGGCCAAGGGCGGGGGGAUGCAGAUGACAUCCUGAACUGGUUGCAGCGUGACAAUGUGCAGGACUGGAUUGCCCACUACUGGUUUCGCGGAGCCACGCCAGACGAGCUGCGGAAAGACAGCCCAGAACAGUUCCAGGAGCUUCGUUGCUUAGCGGAGCUGGUCCUGCAGACCUCUGGGCUGCAGAACAUGCGUGAGGGCCGGAACCCAGAUGUGCAGGCCUACCGCGUGUUUUCCGACCCGCUGCCUGUGGUGCAUCGGCCACUGCUUGUCUACGCUGGGACUUCACUGCUGUGCCCGCUGAUCUCCUACAAGGUGAUGCAGUGGCUUGGAUUCCAUCGGGAGCGCUCCGGAGGGCUGUGCUACUGGAAGCGCCCUCGACGGACUGAUGUCGAUCCCCGCGACGAUGUCUCUGCCCCAAGGGGCGAGCCACUGGUCUUCGUGCAUGGCUUGGGAGUGGGGCUGGUGCCCUAUUUCCUGUUCAUCUACCGUCUGUCCCAGCGGCACAGUGGCGAGCUUUUCGUUCCAGAGUUUCCUUUCUUGGCCAUGGCUCCCUGGGAGUCUGUCCCCUCCGCGCGUGAAGUCGUAGCUCAGCUCCAGGACAUGCUUGCGGCACAUGGGCACCGUGCCGCCCACUGGCACGGGCACUCCUUCGGAUGUGUCGUCAUCGGCUGGGUCAUGAAGAUGUCGCCGAGUUCUGUGGUCUAUGCCACUUUGAUGGAGCCCGCACAGUUUUUGGUCAUCAAGGCAGAAGCCCUCACAAAGGUUCUUUGGGGCCAUGCCGCGACUUCCUUUGAGAUAUUGAUCCGCUACUUUGCAUUCCGCGAACUGUUCACGGUGAACCUCCUUUGCCGGAAUUUCUUCUGGGAGCAAAGUUCCAUGUGGCCUGAGGAUCUCAAAGUGCCGACGAUUGUGACCCUCGGAGCGGACGACCACAUCGUCCAAUCCACUUUCGUCAGGCGCCUCUUGGAGCACGAGAGAUCUGCACGGAAGCUCCAGCGGCGCAUCGGAUCCAAGCAGAAGCGGAUUCCAACUUCAGGCUCUUCCACGGACGUGCGUGUGGACACCCUUCAACAGGCAGCUUCCUCAAACAAGUCGCAAGGGUCCGAGUCUUUGGAGAUCCUCUGGUGCGAGGCCUUCUUUCAUGGCCAAAUUUUGGGAGACUGGCGUGCGAAUGUGCGGUUAUUCCAUCGCAUGCGCUCCCUGGUGCGCGCGGAGGGAUGA